UCAAAAGUGCAGACUUCAUGCACCAGUCAUAACAAAUAAAGAAGCGAGGUUCCUUGGCGCCUGCGUACACGCCAGCCCCCGUGACCGACCUAAAUAGCAAUAUGAAAGGCUCACGAAUGUCAGGAAAUGUCUGAUUCACACUAACCAGCAAACCCACGCGUGUUCGCAGCAAAGUUCAGUCACGUGGUCCCCCCGAUGCACCCUGGAAACAAUGUUUACCUUCUGUAGACCGUGACGUCACCGACCCUACUUACAACAGUGUCACUAAUGGCUUCUAGCACUUUGUAAACGGAUUGUUUAUUUUUUGUGCAUUAACUUUUUGUGUAAUUAUUUUACACACGGAGAUUUCCUCUCCUGUGUUAAAAAGGCAAAGCAUGCUACAGAUUCGUUAAUAGAGGAGCCCUCCUCCACAACAACCAACCCCAUUUUACCCCAGAACUCCAUGCUUCUCCAAAAUAUGGAAGCAAAGAAAGAAUCUGGAAGAAGACUGCGCUCAGUUGGCCGGAUGAGAUACGCAGAGCACGAGGAUCUGUCAGACGUGGAGGAGAUGGUCAGCAUCAGGAGCUUCAGCCUGGAGCAGAAGGUCAGCAGCAACACCUACAAAGGAGACUUCGUUCACUACAUGGAGGGCAAAGAUUUUACUUAUGAAUAUGUUCAAAGAGAAGCUCUUAAAGUACCUCUUCUAUUCCGAGCUAAGGAUGGACUUGGCAUUAAAAUGCCACACCAAGAUUUCACUGUAAGAGAUGUGAAGCUUUUAGUGGGGAGCCGGCGCAUCGUUGAUGUAAUGGAUGUUAACACACAGAAGGGCAUUGACAUGAGCAUGUCACAAUUUGUACGAUACUAUGAAACUCCAGAAGCCGAAAGGGAUAAAUUAUACAAUGUGAUAAGCCUGGAAUUCAGCCACACAAAGUUAGAAAGAGUGGUCAGGAGACCCACUGUGGUGGAUGCGGUAGAUUGGGUUGAUAAUAUGUGGCCACAGCAUUUAAAAGAAAAGCAAAAGGAAUCAACAAAUGUUAUCUCUGAAAUGAAAUACCCUAAAGUGAAAAAGUAUUGUUUGAUGAGCGUUAAGGGCUGCUUUACAGAUUUUCAUAUUGAUUUUGGAGGAACUUCCGUUUGGUAUCACGUUUUUCGCGGUGGGAAGGUAUUUUGGUUGAUCCCUCCUACUGUGCACAAUUUACAGCUUUAUGAGGAAUGGCUUCUAUCAGGGAAACAAAGUGAUAUCUUUUUGGGAGACCGAGCACAAGGGUGUCAGAAAAUUGAACUCAAGCAAGGGCACACUUUCUUCAUUCCAUCAGGAUGGAUUCAUGCGGUGUACACCCCAGCAGACUCACUGGUAUUUGGUGGCAACAUAUUACACAGCUUCAACAUUCCUAUGCAGCUUCAAGUAUAUGAGAUUGAAGACAGAACAAGGGUGCACGCAAAAUUCCGAUAUCCCUUCUAUUAUGAGAUGUGCUGGUAUGUCUUGGAAAAAUACGUCUGUGCUUUGACCAAACGGUCUCAUCUUACCAAGGACUAUCAGAGAGAGUCAAUGGUAAUAGAUACCACAAGGAAAAGCAGUAUUGACAGCUUGUCCUCAGAUUCUUGGCUAGAAAUGGAGGAAGAGUCCUGUGACGCGCACACACGGGAGGAAAAAGAUGAGAAUAUGGAGAAAGCAUCAAAGCUAUCAGGAGAUAGUUCUUCUGCACCAAACAGCCCACACUCCGAGGGAAAGCAAAAGACAACUCUAAUGCAAUAUCUUAAGAGGACUUUGUCAAAUGAUUCUGAUGAAAGUGGCAAGUCAAACGCCCCUAGUGAUUUCCCAAAAACUCCAACAGGAUCACCAGCCACAGACCUUUCUGCAAGGUGGACGCAUCUAACAGAAUUUGAACUGAAGGGUUUGAAAGCUCUUGUUGAGAAACUGGAAUCUCUCCCUGAAAGUAAAAAAUGUGUCCCUGAAGGGAUUGAAGACCCACAGGCACUUCUGGAAGAUAUGAAGACAGUACUGAAGGAGCAUGCUGAGGAUGACCAGAAUCUAGCCAUUUCUGGGGUACCCGUGGUAUCUUGGCCAAAGAAGUCCAGUAAGAACCGUGCAGUCGGGAGGCCCAAAGGGAAGAUUGCCACCUCCCCUGGAGUGAAACUUGCAGCAAACAGGACGAGUUCAGGGGCUCGACGGCGACGGACACGGUGCCGUAAGUGUGAGGCAUGUCUGCGCACCGAGUGUGGCGAAUGCCAUUUCUGCAAAGACAUGAAGAAGUUUGGAGGACCAGGAAGGAUGAAACAGUCGUGUAUAAUGAGGCAGUGCAUUGCUCCCGUCCUCCCACAUACAGCUGUUUGUUUGGUGUGUGGAGAAGCAGGAAAAGAAGAUUGUGUGGAAGAACAAGAAGCAAAGUUUAAUGUUAUGUUAAUGGAAUGCUCAAUCUGUAACGAAAUUAUCCACCCAGGUUGCCUUAAGAUAAAGGAAUCGGACGGGGUGGUGAAUGAUGAACUUCCAAAUUGCUGGGAGUGUCCGAAAUGCAACCAUGCAGGAAAAACUGGGAAAGCCUACAAGCAAAAAAGAGGCCCAGGAUUCAAAUAUGCUUCUAAUCUGCCUGGGUCCUUGCUGAAAGAACAGAAGGUUAACCGGGACAAUAAGGAGGUAACUGAGGUGGUUAAACGGAAAGUGGAGAAGGAGGAGACCCCCAGGCAGAACCCAGAGGAGCAGCCAAAAAAGAAAAUCGUGGAGGCAGUGAUUAAAAAAAAACCUGAGGAAGGGCACAUUAGAAAGAAAAGGAAAUUUGAGAAGCCUCCAGAACCUGCGGUUCGAAAACGGUUAAAACUUGCAAAAGAAGACAAGAUCUUCAGGAAAAAGAGAAGAACUUGGAAGACACCAGACGAAAGAGCUUUGGUUGCCAAAACGCUACGCCGUAUAAAACAGGAGCCAGAGGAUGAUCUUCCAGAAAUGGCCCCCAAAAACAAAGAAAGCGACCAGUCAAGGUCAAGCUCACCAACCGCAGGUCCAAGCACAGAAGGGCCAGAACUCAAGGAAAAGAAAAAGAUCAGGAGGAAGAGAAAAGUUCCUAACAAGGAGCUUAGCAAAGAAUUGAGCAAAGAGUUGAAUCAGGAGAUACAAAAAACAGAAAACAGCCUUGCCAAUGAAACCCACCAUCACAUAAAGUCAGAGCCAGAAAGUGAGGGUGAGGAGCCCAAAAAAUGCAUCAACAGUAGUGCUGAAAGGAUACGACGGUUUAGUAAGGAGGUCAAUGGGACCCCAAAAGAGUUUAGGAAUCAGUUGUUUCCAAGCCCAAGAACUACACCAAGGGUUAUUACACGUCCACCUCCUUCCCUGUCUCCUCCAAAGUGUAUGCAGAUGGAGCGCCAUGUGAUAAGGCCUCCACCAAUUAGCCCUCCUCCAGACUCUCUACCGUUGGAGAAUGGAACAUCUCAUGUUAUGCAGAGAGAAGUCUGGAUGACUAUCUUUAGCUACCUCAGUCACAGGGACUUGUGCAUCUGUAUGAGAGUCUGUAAAACAUGGAACAGAUGGUGCUGUGAUAAAAGACUGUGGAAACGAGUUGACUUGAACCGCUGUAAAUCCAUCACCCCACUCAUGCUCAGUGGAAUUAUUAGGAGACAGCCAAUUUCACUUGAUCUCAGCUGGACAAAUAUAUCUAAAAAGCAGCUCAGCUGGCUCAUGAACAGACUUCCAGCUCUCCGUGAUCUUAACUUGUCAGGCUGUUCUUGGAUUGCGGUGUCAGCGCUUUGCAGUUCCAGCUGUCCCUUACUAAGGUCUCUUGAUGUCCAGUGGGUGGAAGGUUUAAAAGACGCACAGAUGCGAGACCUCUUGUCUCCUCCUACAGAUAACAGACCAGGUCAGAUUGAUAACCGCAGCAAAUUACGGAAUGUCACAGAAAUGCGCCUGGCUGGACUUGACAUCACAGAUGCCUCAUUGCACUUAAUGAUUCGGCACAUGCCUCUUCUUUCCAAGCUGGACCUGAGCUAUUGCAACCAUGUGACAGAUCAGUCCAUUAACCUGCUCACGGCAGUGGGUACCCCCACCAGGGACUCAUUAUCAGAAAUUAAUUUAUCAGAUUGCAAUAAUGUUACAGACCAAUGCCUGACCUACUUCAAACGCUGUGGAAACAUCUGCUUAAUUGACAUGCGAUUCUGUAAGCAAGUUACCAAGGAAAGCUGUGAACAGUUCAGAGCAGAAAUGUCUGUAAUUGUACAGUUUGGACAAAAAGAAGAAAAACUUCUACAAAAGAUCAGCUAACUGUAGGACAUUUUGUGUAUAUGUGUAUAUAAAUAAAUUAAAUAUUUUUUAUUUUCUUUAAUAAUGUACAGAUGAAAGACAGUAUUGGCCUUACAAGAAAUAAGAUGGUGGUUUGUGUUUACUAACCUCUCAUACUAGGCUUCCUGCAAUGGCUUCUCCAGCACUUCAGUGACCAGCUGAUGGUUAACACUGGAACAACGUUUUGACCUUUCAAGUACACUAAUUUAUAAUCCAAGGGCAUGCACAUGGUAGUGUCUCUCUUGUUGGCUCUAAAACUGUUCAUAUUAUAAGGGGGGUCUUUAUUUUAUUUUUUUAUUUUUUUUUCUUAUUGUGUUUAGAAAGUGGAUCACAACAAAUCGUUAAGCCUUCCCCCAAAAAAACACCUGUCAUAUUAUGCAGCACUAUUUUUGUAUAAACUAUUUAAAAACCUAUAUUUGCAGUGUUGUGUAAGUGCAUACGAACGUUUGCUUUUUGAUACUAAUGUUGCUAUGUACAGGAAGUUCAGGCAGUGGUCCAGAUGAAGCCAUUUGUGGACACUUGGGUAGCAUGUUUCAGUAGCUUUCUACACCAGACCUAUGCAUGCAGAGCAAUGAUGUAUGUUUAGUUGUUUCACAAGGCUGUUAACAUUUUAGUUUUUCACCUUCUGAACACAGUGACCCAGCCCAGCAUGAACGUUUACCGCCUGCCAGACAUUGGUGUAGUGAUGCCGAGAAAAACAAAGGAACUGGCCUUUUUUAUUUAAUGUGCCAGACAAUUGUAACAUACCUGCCUCCAAAAGUGCCAUUGUUGUAAAAUCUUUAAGGUUUUUUUUUUUCUUCAAAUUAUGUUUCAAAUUUGUGUUAACUACAUCAAAGAACAAAGUUCAUUCUGACCACCAUUUGCUGGUUGUAGCUUCCUCUCGUUUGUAUAAAGAGCCAGAUCAGGUACAAAUAAGAGCACAGAGUUUCUGGCUGUGUAUCUUCAGUAAAUACCACUUGUGUUUCUCCUCGUGUAAAAUAGAUGCCCCUUGCACUGGAUCAUAAGAAAUGGGGUUAUCAGUCUGUAUAAAUGAAUGCAGAGAAAUACACUGCAAGUCUAUCCCACUCCUCCACUAUGGAGUCAGAUGUAUAAUUUUUUUAAUGUUAGUAAUGUUGUUGGAAUUGUAUCAUGUUUAUUUAUGGAUACAUUUAUUAAAAUCUUUUACUACA